AUGCCUGAAAUCGCUGAAGUUGCUCGGUGCGUGCACUUCUUGCGCCGUCACCUCUUGGGCAAGAAGAUUGCUAGAGUCUCCGCCCCCGGUGACGCCAAUGUGUUUGGAAAGGUCGGAACGAGCGGCCUAGCUUUCGAAGAGGCCGUCAAAGGCAAGAAGGUUGUGUCUGUUGGGAGCCAGGGAAAAUAUUUCUGGAUCACCUUUGACCGGCCACCUCACGCCGUGAUGCACUUGGGAAUGACGGGAUGGAUCCACAUCAAGGGCGACAAGACCGCCUACACCAACUACUACAAAAAGAUGAAGAAGAGCGAAAUGGACACCUGGCCCCCCAAAUACUGGAAGUUCUGGAUCGAAACGGAGGGCGACCCCACAGUCCGGGCCGCCUUCACGGACCCCCGCCGCUUCGGCCGCAUCAGACUCGUCGACUGCCCCGGCGCGGAGAUCCGGAACCACUCCCCGCUCAAGGAGAACGGCCCGGACCCCGUCGUCGACGUCGACGUCUUCACGGAGGACUACUUCAAGCAGAUGAUGCAGUCCCGGCACGUCCCGGUCAAGGCGCUGCUGCUGAACCAGGCCAACAUCAGCGGCAUCGGCAACUGGGUCGCCGAUGAGGUGCUGUACCAGGCGAAGCUGCACCCAGAGCAGUACUGCGACGACUUUGGAGAAGAGGAGAUCCGGACGCUGUACGAGAAGAUUCGCUACGUGUGCCAGACGGCCGUCGAUAAGCUAGGCGACUCGGACGAAUUUCCUGACGAUUGGCUAUUCAACCAUCGCUGGGGCAAGGGCAAGGGUGACGGGGUAUCCAGUGUCUUGCCGAAUGGGGAGAAACUGGCUUUCAUCACGGUGGGCGGGAGAACGAGCUGUUACGCGCCGGAAAGGCAGAAGAAGACGGGCCGGGUUGCAGUCACGGCAAAGGAGGCGAAGAAGGCGAAGAGGGCAGCAAAGAGGGCGGCAAAAGAGGAGGAGGAGGAGGAGGAGGUUGAGGAGAAGCCGAGUAAGAAAGCCAAGCCUUCCAAGGCAAAAGUAAAGGAGGAGUCUCCAGAGCCAGCUGUUGAAGCUCCAAGCAAGAAACAGCGGGGUGUAGCAGCCAAGGCAAAACCCAAAGCCCCGCAGGCCAAAAAGGAGGAGGAGGUCGUUGAUUCUGGCAGAAGAAGGUCACUACGAUUAAGGAAUUGA